AAAUUUGUUGAAAAUGAUGGCAUAAAUGUCUGAUUUUGAGGCUUUUUCAUACAUUGCAUGAAGGUGUAGGGGGUGCAAAACUGCCUGUGGAGAUGGAACUUUUUUCUUUUUAAGUCUGCAAGAUUGAAGGAGUGGUCUAUGGAUGAAAAACUCCUCCCUGGAUGAGUACUUAAAGGUGAAACAGAUCCACUGGGAAAAAUCUGGAGCUUCCCAUUGAGCGAGAGAAAGACAAUGCAUCACCUCCUGCUAAUCUUUGGGAUUUUUCACCUCCCUAAAGGCAAGUUAUUUUUGUAAUUUGUAAUUUUAUUUUUAAAAAUGUUUAGUAUUUUUUGUGCAAGUAGUACCCUAUUAAUAUUUAAGACUGAACUUUUCCCCCCAGUUGCCACCCUAGAGUGUUAUGAGUGUGCCGCUGGAAGCUCAGGCUCCUGCAUUGACACGACAAAAGAGUGCCCCCCACUGGCGGAUCAGUGUGGUACACUCAGACUAAUCGUAUACGGCGGCGACGCAGUGAUUGCAGACGUCAAUGGCAAAAGCUGCACUUUUUCCGAUCACUGUGCAGACGUCUCAGUCAAUUUCGGCACCACCAGAACCAUCUUCACCAACAAGUGUUGCACUACGGACCUGUGCAACAGUCUACCCGCACCCGAUACGAGCAAGUCCAGGCCCAAUGGUAACAAAUGCUUCAGCUGUAAAGGGCUGCAGUGCACCGCCUCUCUAGACUGUCAAGGCAAUGAGCACUACUGCGUCACAGCGACUGUGGACGUGAAGGGCCAAAGGAGAACCAUGAGGGGCUGUGCCUCCAAGCAAAUGUGCUCUAAUACCCAACAAGUGGCAGCACUCAUAGGAGCCCAAGUCACCUGCUGUGAGGGCGACUACUGUAACCGUGGUAACACACUGGGAGGCGCUGGGCUCCUCCUACUGGCAGCACCGCUGCUCUCCUUGGCCAUGUUAGCUUAACCGCAGCCACUUUUAGUAGGCAUCACACUGAAUGGACAGCAUCAACUGUUUAGCUUACACUUUUUUGCUAGUUUUCCUUCUUUGGUUUUUAUUAUAGUGUAUUUCAGCUUUAUUCUCUUCUGUUGUUAUUUAGGGCGGCAAUGAAGUUAUUUCAUGAAUUGCAUUAAAUGUUUUGGUGUAAUUAACGUGUACGCAAUGUUAUGAUGGCGGACGGAAUCACAGUGGAGCGUCCACACACACUCACUCCCACUCUUUUCUGAUUUCAUUCUGACCUGAACACGUCAACAACGGUGGAAGCCCGUCAUAAUUAUCAGAUGAAAAGUCAAAAUUAUCAGAUGAAAAGUCAAAAUAAUCAGAUAAAAAUUAUGAACAAACAAUUAUGAGAAAAAGUCAACUACGAGAUAAAAAGUCAAAAUUAUGAGAUAAAGUCAAAAUUAUGAGAUAAAAAGUUCAAAUUAUGAGCUAAAAGGUUUUGAAAAAAUUAUGAGAUAAAAAGUCAACUAUGCGAUACAGUCAAAAUUAUGAGUCAAAAUUAUGAGCUAAAAAGUUUUGAGAAAAUCAUGAGAUAAAAAAAUUAUGAGAUAAAAAGUCAACUAUGAGAUACAGUCAAAGUAUGAGAUAAAAAGUUUUGACAAAAUUGAGAUAAAAAAUUAUGAGAUAAAAAGUCAACUAUGAGAUACAGUCAAAUUAUGAGAAAAAAGUCAAAAUUAUGAGAUACAGUCAACAUAAUGAAAGUCAAAAUUAUGAAAUAAAAGUCAAGAGAUAAGAAAGUCAAAAUUAUGAGCUAAAAAGUUGAAAUUAUGACCUAAAAAGUCAACUAUGAGUCAAAAUUCUGAGAUAAAAAGUCAAAAUUAUGAGAUACAGUCAACAUAAUGAGUCAAAAUUAUGAGCUAAAAAGUCAACUAUGAGAGUCAAAAUUCUGAGAUUAAAAGUCAAAAUUCUGAGAUAGUCAACAUAAUGAGUCAAAACUAUGAGCUAAAAAGUUGAAAUUAUGAUCUAAAAAGUUAUGAGAAAAUUAUGAGAUAAAAAAAUUAUGAGAUAAAAAGUCAACUAUGAGAUACAGUCAAAAUUAAGAGAUAAAGUCACAAUUAUGACCUGAAAAGUUUUGAGAAAAUUAUGAGAUAAAAAGUCAACUAUGAGAUACAGUCGACAUAAUGAAAAAGUCAAAAUUAUGAAAUAAAAGUCAUGAGAUAAGAAAGUCAAAAUUCUGAGAUAAAAAGUCAAAAUUCUGAGAUACAGUCAACAUAAUGAGUCGAAAUUCUGAGCUAAAAAGUCAACUAUGAGAGUCAAAAUUCUGAGAUUAAAAAUCAAAAUUCUGAGUUACAGUCAACAUAAUGAGAAAGUCAAAAUUAUGAAAUAAAAGUCAUGAGAUAAGAAAGUCAAAAUCAUGAAAUAAAAGUAAUGAGUUAAAGUCGAAAUUAUGAGCUAAAAAGUCGAAAUUAUGAGAUAAAAAGUCAACUAUUAGAUACAGUCAAAAUUAUGAGAUACAAACUGCGCAUGUACCACAGGUAUAUCUGAUCAUUUAGACUUUUUAUCUCAUCAUUUUGACUUUAUUAUGUUUUUUUUCUUUCAGUGGUGGAAACCACCGUAAACAGCAGUACAAUUCCACAAUAAAACACCUCUACAGUCAUGGAAAAACGAUUAGACCAUUCUUGAUUCUUGAUCCAUUUGAAUGCCUGGCACCACUAAAAGUACAUUUGUUUGGAUAGAUAUAACAAUGAUAACAAAAAUAGCUAAUAAGAAUUACAUUCAGAUGAUAUCCAGCAUGGUUUUUUUUGAUAAUAACCAAAAUCAUAACUCAUUCUCAGUUCCUGUUUUCUUACUUUCUCAUCAGCAACUUUUAUUUGAACUCAUGGGUUUUUGUUUUGCAAAAACAGAAGUAUUUCCAUGACUUCCAUCAUUUUAGCUUGAUAGGACACAAUGCGAGUACUCCAUACUUAUGUGUGAUUAUGAUCAUGAAGUAGGAGUAGUUUCCUCAGCAGUUCCCAUACACGUUGAGUUCUGCUGUAUUUUCAUAAUCGUCAGCAUCAGUCAUAUCCUGUGAUGAAUUUAUGAGUUAUUAGCGUCACCAAAAUGGAUGGUGUGUUUUCAUUAGGAAUACAAUACAACAUUGCUACAAAUACUAGUACCUCUUUGUGAUGGUAGGAUUUUGGCAGGCUGUUUCAUCACAACAGGAAGAUGGAAAGAACAGUUAAAAAAAAAAAUAUCUAUAUUUUUUUUUGGUGUCACUUUUCUGUCGUGUUCAUGGGUUUUACCUCCUUGGAGACGGUAAAAAAGGUUUGCAGAACUUGGCUCCAGCACCAGCUUUGGAACUACUGGACCUGUAGAGAACAUUGAUGGGACUUUACUAUCUGAUUGCUUAAAUUGAUUGAAGUCUUAAAGUAAAGAAGUCAAGUCUAAGUCAAGUCAUAGGCUUGAAAUUGUCAAGUUCUUACAAGUCAUCAGCACUGUUUAGUAUGAGGGUGUAUUAGGGCCGCGUUGGGGGGGAAAAAAUACGAUUUUGAGAAUAAAAGUCAUCAAUUUACGACUCGUUUCUUCUAAACUUUUCAUGACUAUUUUUAAGUCGUAAAUUCACGACUUAAAAAUAUAAAUGUACAAGCAACAAGUUGUCAAUUGAUGAGAAUAAAGCUGUAAAUCUAUUAGAAUUUACACAUAAAAAGUCAUAAAUCUAUGAUAAAAAUGUACAAUAACUUUGAGAAUAAAAUCAAAGAAAUACGUUUAUGAGACAAAAGUCGUAAAUUUACAAGAAUAAAGUCAUACAUUUACGAGAAAAGAAACACAAUUUACAACAAUU